UGCUGACGCGCGCUUUCAGGAAGCAGCAGCUGCAGAGGAGAAAUCCUGGGUUUUAAUAGAGUUUAGCGCUUAAUGUUGUUGUAUUUUAACGUUUUUACCGGCUACCAGCCAUGGAUAACUGGAGCCUAGUGUCAGUCUGCGUGUUACUCGGUCUAACUACGAGAUGGGCUGUUUCUUUCAGCUCAUAUUCAGGUGCUGGUAAACCACCCAUGUUUGGGGACUAUGAAGCACAGAGGCAUUGGCAGGAAGUGACCUACAAUCUUCCUGUUCAGGAAUGGUAUUUCAACACCACAGACAAUGAUUUGGGCUACUGGGGUCUGGACUACCCCCCUCUCACCGCCUACCACAGUCUUUUAUGUGGUCAUGUUGCAAAACUCAUCAAUCCUGCGUGGGUUGAGCUGCGUACUUCUCGAGGUUUUGAGAGUGCAGCACAUAAGCUGUUUAUGCGCACCACAGUUCUUUUUGCAGACAUACUGAUAUAUUUUCCAGCAGUCAUCCUUUACUGCAUCUACCUCAGUGAUGGAUCCUCUAAGAGGAAGGUUGCCACAGCCCUGUGUAUCCUACUUUAUCCAGGACUCAUCCUAAUAGACUAUGGCCAUUUUCAAUAUAACAGUGUAAGCCUGGCCUUGACUUUGUGGGGCAUAGUGGGACUUGGUUUGGGCUGGAACCUGCUUGGGGCUCUGGCCUUCUCCUUGGCUCUCAACUACAAACAGAUGGAGUUGUACCACUCACUGCCCUUCUUCUGCUUCCUCCUGGGCAAGUGUAUCAAGCAAGGCCUUAUGGGCAGGGGGCUGCUUCUGCUGGUGAAGAUCUCAUUGACUGUGCUGGUGACCUUUGCUCUCUGCUGGUGGCCUUUCCUGUCAGACCCACAGCAGAUCCUGCAGGUUCUGCAUCGCUUGUUCCCUGUCGACCGUGGCUUGUUUGAGGAUAAAGUGGCUAACACAUGGUGCAGCUUGAACGUACUGAUAAAGAUCAAGACCCUGCUGUCCAGAGACACUCAGCUGCUCCUCAGUUUUGCUCUCACACUGCUGUCCAUCUUGCCUUCCUCAAUUAAACUGUUGACCAAACCCACUCUGUGGCAGUUCAAGCUGGCCUUGGUGAACUCUUCACUGGCCUUUUUCCUCUUCUCCUUCCAAGUCCACGAGAAGUCCAUCCUGCUGCCGGCCUUGCCGGUGUGCCUUAUGAUGAAUGAACUUCCACUGAUGGCCGUUUGGUUUCUGUUGAUCUCCACUUUCAGCAUGCUCCCCCUGUUGCUGAAGGACGGUCUGCUCCUGCCUUACACAGUGACCUCGCUGGCCUUCCUCUAUCUUGGAGUGUACCUCCUCUCUGCUCUGGACAGAAGCCCAGAGGAAGAGCUCAGACUGGGUUCUUGUCACAAACGUAUGCAGAACUACCUCUCCAAGCACAAUCUCAGCCUGCUGGUCAAGUGUUCGUUCACCGUCUCGUUGGUGGCCAUGGCUGGGUUGAGCUUUACGAGCGUGGUGCUGGAGCCUCCGGCUAGGCUGCCUGAUUUGUUUCCAGUGCUAGUCUCCGUUUUCUCUUUCCUCCAUUUCCUGGCCAUGCUACUAUAUUUCAACCUCGUCCAACUGACAGAGCCGUCCAGCAAAAAGAGCCAAAAGAAAACAAACUGAGACGGGGUCUCCAGACACCAAUCAUCAGCCUUCAGUAAGGACCCAACGACCAGGGGAUAAUCAUGAAGAAAGAUGACAAAGAAAGGAGAAUCCCCUAAAUUCAGUUGGAAUGGGCCCAAUUUGGGAAAUUAGAUUACAUUUUUAAUAGAUGGUUUGAGGAAGUUCCCUCAGCGUAGUUUAGUAUGGUGGAUCUUCAGAACGUAGGGAAAAGUUAAAUGUUCAGUGACACAAAUAUUAUCACGUGCCAAUACAAAGCCACUCAGUGUGAACUGUGAGUGUGAAAAUUAAUUUUGAAAUGGACCAAUUGUUACCAUUGUUUAAUAUCAGAUUUUCUACAUAUCAAUAAAUGCUUUUGUACAUUU